AUGAAGCUGAAAUAGGAGAAAUAUAUAUAGAGAUAUAUCCAGGUGAUCUUCUCUUGGUGCUAUUAACUUAAGCCACGAUCUGGCCGUAUGAGUCAUUACACAGCACUAUUGCGCAGUCAACAUAGCUAUAAAGCCCAUGGACUCGACCAUUUGUUGGAUCGUCUUUUAGUCAAGUCUCCGUACGUACCUAAGGUGCGAUACAUUUAAUCAUGGCAGGACAGGGCAAACCAACCCCUGCAUCUGCUAUGUUCUCUGAGCCCUAUGUGGUUGAACUGGACGAUUCUUACUACCACGAAGAAAACGACCCCGAGAUGCUAGAUCCACAACAGCCCAAUCACGAAGGUUACAGAUACGGCAACCAUAAUCUUCAGUUUUCGCAGCUCAAUGACUUGGUUCAAAGCCAUACUGCCGCGCCCGCAGCUGCGAUUAAACGUACUAGACCGUACAACGAUUGUCAUUCUCGUGAGCUGCAUAACGAGCACCAGAGAGCUAUCUGGCAGCAUAUACGAGAUCAAGCCGAAGCUGAUGCAAAUAUACCCAAAGCGCUGUUCUCGCCUCCACGGACUUACAUUGAAGUGCGGGUAUCAGAAUGGCCUAUUUCGAGUCAUUACUGUUGCCCCUGUGACAUUGAGGAAACAGACUGCGAAGUCAUCGAGAUCCGAGCGCCGAAGGAUUCAGGGGAGGGUAUCACGAAGGAUAUAUUCAUUCAGCAAGUUAGCGAGGCGAUGUACGGCCGAGCCGUGGAUGCAGAGGAAAACAACGAAGGCACCAGAUACCGGAUAGGUGGUGAAGAUGAUAGGCCGGUUAUCGAGCAAUUUGAUUAUAUGAUACAGGGUGGGCAUUCUAGUGAGGUUAACAUCAUGGGACACAUCUUUGCGCUGACGAAGGGUAUUUCGCCAAAGCCGCAGUACGAAAAGGCUACCUAGGUAGUUAAUACCUGGUAAUCAAGUACACAGCCAGGGAUGAGAAAUUAUGGGAAACGAUAGGAGACGUGGGAAACACGCACCCUACCUUGUAAAUACCUAUGCAUAAU